AUGGAUGUACUGCCAGCUGCUGGAUGCAUCAACACUCUGCCAGUAGACAGUACAGAUAAGAACAGUCUUCAGGUUGGUGGCCAGCUGCCUGUCACUGUACAGCCGGGGCCUCAACCGCAGAACCAGCAGCAUCUUCUGACUCCAGCCCGCCUCCAGCUCGCUCAGCUCCAGGCCCAGCUUACCCUCCAUGGUCUGAAAUUGGCCCAGGGGGGAAACACAGCCUCUGCUGCCACUGUCCUCAAUCAGGUUCUCUCCAAUGUGGCCAUGUCCCAGCCGCUGUUCAAUCAACUACGGACAUCCACAAUGGUUGGGAAUCCUCAGGGUGCUUUUGCGACGGGGGUGCUUGGGUUCCCGUCUUCAAAUUCAGCCUUGGGGGCUUUGAUGGGUGGGGGAUUCCACCAGAAUUCAGGGAAUGUGAGACUGAAUCAUUAUGCUCCGUUAGGCCAGCAGACUGGAGAGUUCAGCACAAAGUCAAGCUCAAACUAUCCAUCUGAUACUGACAGGCGUCUUCAGUAUAACUUAGUAGGAGGAACAUCCGUAGCAUCUGCCAGUGCCGCUGAGGCUCAGUACACAGUGAUUAACUCUCAAGCGAAAAACACAAACAGUGUUAGUUUUCACAGGGAUAUCUAUGGGCAGGACAUGCAGGGGCACCAAGCAGGAUUUAACGUCAAUGAGCAGAAUGUUUAUACAUCGACUGGACAUAUGGAGCCGUGGAAAGGCUCCGGUAAACUGAGUCACACUGGAAAGGUGGACGUGGUGUCCAGUGCUGCUACUAUGUGGACGCCAGCUGGGCAGCAAGUUCGAUCUAGACCUGAACUGUAUAAUCCAGAGGAGCCCACCGCUGACCCCAAAUUCAAUCCCACUUCUGGAGUCCCGUCUUUUGGAUCAAGUGGAAUGCAGGGUUUUGUAGGAUUUCAGCCAGGUGAGGAAACCUCAUCUGCAGGCACCCGGACCCUUCAGCCUUAUCAACUCAAUGAUUAUCUCGCCGUGACACCCGUCCAACUACCACACCAGUGUAGCAUCUGUGACAAGAAGGUCUACAACCUCAAGGACUGGGACCAGCAUGUGAAGGGAAAACUACACCUGCAGAACCGAACGCUGUAUGCAGCAGACGGUUCGGCAGCGGUGUCAGCUGGAGGUGUUCAUUAUGCUGUCGGCAGGCCGUCUGACGGGGGUUUGAACACUGGAGGGAUAAGUUCUGUUGUCUACUCUGCUCCAAGUCAAGAUGUGUCCUCAGCAAAUGCUUCUUACUUGCCAACUGCAACCAUGAAGUCUUAUCCUGUAACAGACACAGGAUUUACCUCACACCAGCCAGAGUCAGAGACAUUUCCAUUCAAGAAGGCCACUGCUGGGAGAGUUGUUCAUAUUUGCAACCUUCCGGAAGGCAGCUGUACAGAGAACGAUGUCAUCAACCUGGGGCUACCCUUUGGCAAAGUCACCAACUACAUCCUCAUGCGCUCCACUCAUCAGGCAUUUCUGGAGAUGGCGCACAUUGAAGCAGCUCAGGCCAUGGUCCAAUACUAUCACCUUACUCCGGCUAUGAUUAACAACCAGAAACUUCUCAUACGAAUGUCUAAGCGAUACAACGAAUUACAGCUUAAGAAACCAGGGAAGGAUGUUCAGUCAAUAAUCCAUGACAUCACUUCACAGUGGGAAAGGAGUGACGUACAAGAGCCCAACCACUACAUGCCAGAGAGAACACGCUCUCGCAGUCCAAUCAUCCGUUCCCUGAGUCCUCCAUCCCACAGUCCCAGCUUUACAUCAUGCAGCUCAGCCCACAGCCCCCAGGGGGCUCUGGGUCGGUGUCCUGAGAGAUGCAACAAUUGGCUGGGCCCCCGCCGAGGCUCUUGGGACUGGUCAUCACAUUUGAGAAGGGGCGAGGAUGAAAGGGAGAAGGAAAGGGAUGGCCAAUGGCGAAAUGGGUCCAGCAUGGAUGAAGAUCAGCCCAAUGGACGGUUGGGUGACCGUCGGAAGGCGUACCCAAAACCCUUGGAUCAUAUCAGCUCCAGAUUAGCAGAUGAGCAUGGAGGAGGAGGAGGAGGGGGCGGAGGAGGGAGAGGAGGAGGAGAAGGGAUAAGAGGCAGUCGAGACCGGCAUCCACGGGGUAGUCCUCAGGGUACGUCCUUCAACUCUUACAAAAACAUGGAGGAUGACUUCUACCUUAAAGAACUGCCAUAUAAGUCAGAAAAACCACCCCGAGCACCAUACCCAAGACACGAUACCAAGCACAAGAGAAGGGAUGGUGGGGACUACCACAGCAAGUCAAAGCAUUCAGAGUUUGAGAAAUCAGGGGAACUACUUCACAAAACCCAAGAAGACAAGAGGCAAAGCUCACCAGUCAGAGGGAGGAGCAAAAAGUCCAGUAAGAGGCACAGCACCGUGGAGAAACACCAGAAAGGAAAUACUCCUGAAAAUACUGAUUGUCCUUUGAAAGAAAAAUCAGCUUUGCCUCAGAAUGACAAGAAGCCACAAGAGAUGACAGAAUGUAAUCAAGACACAAAGGUGGAGUGGGAGAGUGGCAAUGAUACGGAUGGAGAGUGUUGGUAUCCCAAAAACAUGGAGGAACUGGUUACUGUAGAUGAAGUAGGAGAGGAAGAUGAUUCCAUUAUUGAGCCAGACCUGCCUGAGCUGGAAGAAUACACCACCAAAGAGUCUGGGGAGGAGAAUAAAGAACAAAGAUCACCACCCACCUCCACCACUGAGGUACAAGAGACAUCUGAAGAGAAGUCCCACCAAGCAAAGUCCAAAGAGGAAGCAGAAAACAAAGCAGAACCUCCUUUAACUGACAACCCAGAAAAAGUUUUAAGUGAAACCAGUACUGAAGUAAAAACCCUCAAUCCAGUGGAUUCAGUGCUGCCAAACACUGAUCUCAAUGACUUCCCUGGUGAGGAGUUCAAGGCUGCACUGGAGGAGACAUGUUUAAAGGAUAAAGGACUUGACCGUGUGUCAGUGCAACGGCCAAAGGAAACCCACAGUGGUGUAUCAGACGACAAAAAGACACAGGAUCUGGUUACUGAAACAAUCAGUAAUGGAGUACCGCACAAGCACAGCCCUCUUAAAAAAGAAAUUGAUGCCCCAUCACCAUCUCUUGAGACAGUGAAUGCUGUCAGUGAACACAGUAUCCCACUGGGAGUGGAGUUCAUCGUGCCGAGGACGGGCUUCUUUUGUAAGCUGUGUGAGCUGUUCUACACAAGUGAGGAAACUGCAAAGAUGACUCACUGCCGCAGCACCGUCCACUACAGGAACCUGCAGAAAUACCUGUCCCAGCUGGCAGCAGAGAGUCCACUCGGCGUGCUCGCUGAGCCUUCGUCUUCACAGUGACCUUUUCAUCUUCACAGUGACUUGUUCAUCGUGUUGACAUGAAUAAUAUGAAUUUUAAAAUUUUGCACUGACAUAGUAAUUUGGCAAUAGAAUACUUGAGUUAAUGUCCAAGCCUUGUUCAUAAUUUUGUACAUAUUAAAGCUGUAAUAUAAAGUGAGGCUUUACUAUUUUAAAGCUUUCUUUUCUAACACCCCCCCCCCCCCCCCCAACCUACGGUAUUAAUUUGUUGCAGUAUCAAAGUUUUGUGUGUUUCAAAACGGUUAUAUGAUUGUAAUCUUGAUUUGCCAUUAUGUCAGAACGUAUGUAUACAGUUUGGGCUUCGUCUGUUUUGCUCUUCAAGCUACUUUUAACUUGAUAAAAGUGCAUUUUAAAUGCAGAAUGGACAUUAUCUCAUUAUGAAGUAUUUAUUGCUGAAAAAUGACUUGAAAAUAUGUGCCAUGGACUGACUUUACUCGGUUAUGCAACUGAGCCAGAUUCUCAGGUUUGUUGCAUUUAUCAAAAUUGUUAUUGUUGUCAAUACACAUUUGUUUGUUUAUUUAAUUUUCAUCAUUUUCUUUCUACACUAGUUUGCACACUGAAUUAACAGUGUCUCUUCAAGAUAAUGAUUGCUGGUUUAAUAAUCAUACAACUAUGCAACAGUUCUUUUAUUUUUCAGAGUUUUUAUGUCAGAUUCACGUCCCACAAGAGUCUCAGUUACGUUUGCCAAUCAUACACAGAUAACACUUUAUGUAUUAAAGACCUUAAGCUGGACCAUGUUGUUUAAUUUAUC